AUGGCCAGUCUCUCGCUCGGGCUCAGCGGCAGCCGCACGCGCGCCGGCGUGCGCAGCAGCGCCGCGCCGACGGCGAGCAGCAGCAGCGGCGCCAGCGGCAGCACGCUGCGCCGCGCCGCACCCGCCUCGCUCGCAGCGGGCGGCGCCGCGGCCGGCAGCAGCAGCAGCAGCGGCGCCCUGGCGGGCGACAGCAUCGUGCUGGAUCUCGGCGUGCGCCUCUGCCGCACCGGCUUCAGCGGCGAGGCGGCGCCGCGCUUCUCGCUGCCGACGCCCGCGGCCGCAGCGGCGCUCUUUGCGCCCGACGUGUGGAGUGCGUGUCGCACGCCGGCGCAGCGCAGGGCGCACGAGCUGCGCCUCGAGGAGGAGGCCACGAGGCUCUUGCGCUUCCUGCUGCUCGAACGCCUGCUCAUCGACCCAAAAGGCCGUGCCGUGCUGCUCGUCACCAACGCCCUCACGUCGCACGCCGCGCGCGACACGCUCGCCUCCGUGCUGCUGCUCAACCUCAACGUCCGCAUCCUCUCCUUCAUCCCACACGCCUCGGCAUGCACGCUUGCUGCCGGCCGGCGCGCCGCGCUCGUCGUCGACAUCGGCGCCAGCGAGACGCGCUUUGCCGCCGUGGCAGAGCUCGGGAGCCUGCAUCUGCCGUAUCGUCUCAUGAGCUCUACGCGCUCGCGACGUUCAGUUGUGGGCCGAUUGAAGCUGCUGCUGCUGCGUUUCGGCAAGCAUGUCGCUGCCACGCCUGCGAGUGCCUCGCGCAGGUCUCGCACGGGGCCGGUCAAGGAGGAGAUGCUCUCGCCGGCUGUUCUGGACGACAUUCUCGAUCGAUGGCUGCUCGUUCCUCCUCCAGGAUCGACUGCUCCACCGCAAGCACCUGACAUUUUCGAUGUCGACGCGCUGCUCGCUCAGCAGCACGCCUCCUUCGCCGCAUCCUCACGCGCCAAAGCCAUGCUCUACCCGCUGCGCGCGCCGCCCAAGCUCGAGCCGCACGCCGAGCGCAGUGCGCCUGCCACGCUGGGCGCACUCGUGGCUGCGGCGAGCCCGAGCCUGGGCACGCUCGUGCUGCCGGGCUGGGUGCGCGAGCGUGCGGCAGAGGUGCUGUUUGAGAAGGGCGAUGAGGAUGAGGCAAGCCUAGUGGAGGCGGUGCUGGAGUUGUUGCUCCACCUGCCCAUCGACCUGAGACGGCCUCUCGCAUCCAACAUUCUCGUCGUAGGCGGUCUCUGCUCCCUUCCGGACCUGGCCCAUCGACUGAGGCUCGAGCUCGAGGCCGCGCUCGAGCGCGUAGCUGCUGGCGCCUCUGAGCGCGCAGCAGGCAUGCAACAGCAGCCGGCGCUGAGCCAGACGCGCGUCGGCGCGCUGGCGUCGCGCGAGGAGCGGGAAGCAAGACGCAGAGCGUUGCUCGACGUGCAGCCGCAGCAGCAGGGCGACAGCAGCGAGGCCGCGUCGGCCGCGGGCGGCGAUGGCGGCAGCAGAGCGAUGGUCCUGCCUGCCGCCUCCUCGCUCUCCUCCAAGCUCACCGGCGAUCGCUGGGCGCCCCUCUGCUCUCUGCUGCCGCAUCUGCGUGUGCUCAACGACCACACGCUGCCCACGUGCAUUCCCCUCUCUCCCGUCGCCUUUGCCUGGAGCGGCGUCUCGCUCGCCGGCGCACUCGCCUCCUCCGCCGGCGAGCUCUGCGGCACCCUCACGCUCACGCGCGACGCGUUCCUCGCGCAGCGAGCGAAAGAGGAGACUCGGCCGCCGACGCGCCCCGGAGGCGUGGGCAGAGGCAGCUUCAUGGGCGUCGUCGGCGGACUGCAUACGGGCGCCUGGGGUGCGCUGAGCGCCCAUCUGGGCGGCGCGAGAAGCCCGCCCGCCAGACCUUAGACGCCGUGACGCAUCAUACCUUCGCUCGAUACCACCUGCCACCAACCCGCCUAAUCAAUGCGUCGUGUGCG